CCAGGGCCAGACCCAAGGGGGAUAGGCUGGGCAUCAUUCUGUUCCCCUUCUUCGCCUUCUUCUCGUCCCUCCCGCACUUCCUCUUCGGCGACAUCAUCCUUAAGAGGUUCCCCAGACCGACCCCCCCGGAAUCGCUCGAGUCCGCCAACACGUGCGAGGUGCCCGGCUGGAGCGCCCCCGAGCUGAACGCGUCCCUGGCGGCGGCGGCGGGGAACGCCACCAACGACAGCUGCGAUUCCCCCGACAGCCUGAGCCAGGCGGUCAUGUCCAUCCUAUUCCUGUCGCUCCUGGGUGUCGGCAUAGGCCAGACGGCCGCCUACAACCUGGGCAUUCCGUACAUCGACGACAACAUCGCCAGCAGAGAGUCGCCCAUCUACUUUGCUGUGACGAGUGGCGUGAGGAUUCUCGGCCCUACGCUGGGCUUCGUUCUGGGGUCCUUCUGCACUCGGCUGUACGUGGACCCCUUCCAGGACCCCAGCAUCACGCCAAACGAUCCCAGAUGGAUAGGAGCUUGGUGGCUAGGCCUGGUGGUGGUGUCCGUGGCGCUGUUCCUGACGAGCCUGGCCAUGUUCUCGUUCCCGCACCGCCUGCCGUUCACGCCCGCCCAAGCCAGCCCCUCACACCAGCAGGCACUCAACCCAUCCAACCCGACGGCGCCGCCCUGCAACCCGUCGCUCAGAGAUUUCCCCCGAGCUGUGCGCCGUCUCCUUGGCAACGACAUCCUGAUGCUGAGGAUGGCCAGCAGCGUCCUGCACAUCCUUCCCAUCUCCGGCCUCUACACCUUCCUGCCGAAGUACCUGGAGAGUCAGUUCCGCUUGCCCGUCCACAGCGCCGCCAUGGUGUCAGGUAUGGGCGGGAUUAUGGUGAUGGGCGUGGGCAUCUUCACCAGCGGCAUCUUCAUACGGCGAGCCAAGCCCUCCGCCCGCGCCGUCUCGGGCUGGAUCGCCCUCACCGCCCUCGUCUACGCCCUGGGGAUGGUGAUCCUGAUGUUCGUGGGCUGUCCGGUCGAGGACUUCGUGGGCCUCGAGAGUGGACCUAACGGCAAGCAUUUCGUGCAGGUGUGCAACAGGACCUGCGGGAACUGCGACGACAGCGCCUUCGCCCCGGUGUGUGGCACGAACGCGAGGACCUACUUCUCCGCGUGCCACCUUGGCUGCUCCAACGUCACCAAUUUCAAGGAAGAAAAUAAACUUGUGUUCUCAGACUGCGAGUGUCUUCCCGAGGGAGAAACAGCUGUCCUGAGGCUCUGCGAACUCAAUUGUUCCAACUUUACCUGGUAUGUUAUUAUAUUUUCCAUCUUCGUAUUGAUACAUUCCACAUCAGAAGUCGGUGGCAUGCUGGUCACCCUUCGCUGUGUUGAUCCCAAAGACAAAGCAAUGGCUCUUGGUCUCAUCUCCGGUGCUAUUGGUCUGUUCGGUAAUGUGCCAUGCCCCAUUAUAUAUGGUGCUGUGGUAGACUAUGCGUGUAUUCACUGGCAGGAGACUUGUGAAGAGCCGGGUGCAUGUCAGCUUUAUGACACUGAUAUAUUUAGAAUGUUCUUCCAUGGUAUCACAGGGAGUGUGAUGAUGUUGGCAUUUAUCGUGGAUGCAGUGGUGUGGUACAGGGCCAAGUCCGUGUCCUUCACCGACAUGGACGACACGUUCGAGGAGGCCGCGUCCAUGAGCCACAAGUCGGUGUCGCGGUCCCCGUCCACGGCCAUGAUCACCAUCCAGUCCCCAACGACGUCCACGGCGCAGGAUGUCUCUCCGAAGCUGUCGCCGAGUGAGGGGGAGCCUUCCGUCAGUCACGAGGACCAACCAGUAUCGAGUGUGUGAUAGGAAGGAAAUAAUUCCUGAAGAAUAUUUUUAAAAAAGGAAAAAAAAUAUAUAAAUCCCAUUUCACUGAAGUAAAAAAAAGCAUUAUAUUCAUCCACAUAAUUGCCAACAUAGUGCCACAUUAUCUUCACUAAUUUUCAUGGACAGGAAGCAUGGUAAGGCAUGGCUCAACUCCUGUAUAUCACGGCAUGUGAUGGACCGUCAUUUCUUAUAAAGUCUUCAUUUUUUGUAUGUAUCCAUAUGUAAUGGUAACUAAGCAUAGUUACACUUUAUGACAGACUAGUCUUGACUUCCAGGAGUGGCUUGUCUUAAAUGCUCCCCGAUCCUUUAUUUCUGUGAUGAGAACCAACUUUCACCUAUCAUGUAGUACCAUUAAUUAAUAAAGACUGGAGAGACAUUGUAACCUCGCAAGCAGUGAAAUCAAGCCUGACACAGUUCUUAACUGUCGCAUCGCUCACAGUGAAUCCACGUUCAGAAAUCUAGGACUGAUCAAGGGACUGGGAUAGAGAGAGAUCAGGACAAGGAUAUUCUCAGUGUCUUGGAUCAGCUGGUACUCAACUUGCCAAUUUUUGAAAAGUUGGAGCAGAAUGAUAGUGUGUCAUCUGUACAUAUAAAUAUAUUUAGAAAAUGCUAGUAUAAUAAGAGCUUUCAUGAAUGAUUAUUGUUGUCUUCAGAAUAUAAAACUUGUACUAAUGCUCCGUUGCAUCAUCUGCAACCAGAGCAAUUUAUUGACAGGAUGUACUUUAGCCUUGGUUAUUUCAUGUCAUGAAUCUCAUUUUUAUUCGAUAUUUUUUUUCUCUCUAGCACACUAGAUUUAGUGUCAAAGAUUCCUUGGCUGAUAGAAGACAAAAUUUUAAGUUAACUAAUGCUUUUCAAAUAUUUUAUAGAUGAAACUGCAGUAUAUACAAACCAUUAUAACCUCACAACAACUGAAAUGAUUCUUUAAAUCCACAUAACUAAGCGGGAGUUUUAUAAUGCACGUUGUUUUUAACUUUUCAUAGGUUUUAGUAAAUCCUAAAAAGUUUCACUAGCUAUUGCUCAAUAUUUAAAUAGAAUAUAAGGAAUGCAAUACAACUAGCUAGUUACUAGUCUUAUAAAAGGCAUUCUGUUGUUCCUGUGAUGAACCUCUAUUUUAGGGUUUAUGAAAUGAGUAUACAGCAUAUUCACUAACGUAAAGGUAUUUCGUUCACGUUGAUGUCAUAUUUGGCAGUGCGCUAAAUGAAUAUGUUUUCAUGUUAAUUCAGUUAAUAAAACUCUGUUUGGUAAAAUGAAAUGACCAUCGGUGACACGUUUCCCACGAAUAAAUCAGUUUUUGUGAGGUUGUACUGUAUAAGGAAGGUAGUACUGUAUUCUAAACUGGAAAAUGCUAUGGCUUAUUUUCCAUUAAAGUAGCAAAGAGAGGUUGUGCUUGUAAAACAUUAAUUUGAAAUGUUAUUUUAUUUUUCAUCAGAUUAAUUACAAAAAAAAAUAAAGAUAUGUAUUGUGCUUUUAUUUUUGAACAAAACCAUUUGCUAAACGUGGCACAGAAUAUGUAAUGAUUAUAGGUGCAUUAUGUCCUGUUAUGGACGUCAGUUAUAGUGUGUAGUUACAGCCGUUGAAAGCUUGGUUUGAAUUGGUUCCAGAGCUUUCAAUACAAUUUCGGAUAGAAUUUAGAUUUUUCUGUAUUUCACGUCAUUAUUUUUUAUUUAUUUUCUAUUAGUAAUGGCAGUUCCAACACCUGAAUUCCAAUAAUAGUUGACCAUUUUUAUCUGUUACAUUUUUUAAAGAUAAAUCUAUACUAUUUUUUAUGAAGAGUAAGAUGUUGUGCCUCUUAGUAAAAGAUGAAUAUUUUAUGUGGGUCUUGCAUAGAUAUUUAAAUAGGAUUUUUGUGAAGGACUUGUCUUCUCAGCAUUGCUUUCAAUGCAAAGCGAAUUCAUAUACCAUUAUCAGUAAAAGCUUUCAGCCUUUGCCAUCCAUUUCCUAAGGUUCGUAGAGGACAUGCUAUCAAGACAUUUUAUAGCUUUUGUAAUCGAAGUUCUGAUAUAUAGCAAGAACGAGCACUUCAAGUGUUAUACCAUCUUUCUGUCGUUUUACAAAUAUAUCUUUGCAUCAGGCGGUGUUCUCCAAAGAUUGUUUGCAAAGAAAGAUUUAAAAAAAAAGAUUAAGGAAAUCUCAAGAAUUAUGCGCUAAGUGCUACGAGGCCCAAGAGUAAGCGCAAAUGGCUGAUGAUUUGUAGGCCUAUUGGUGGAUUUACGCAUUUUUUGGGCUAGAAAAUCAGCUGAGAUUUAAGUGUGGGUGAUGUUUGCAUGUGUGUGUAUGUGUGUGUGCUUGUGUUGAUAUCUUCAGAUGAUUCCACGAUAUAUCAGAUAUUAUUCUAAAAAAGUCAGGUUAACAAAAGCAAUUCGGUAAUGCACUUUAUAUAGGAGCUGUAAAUUUCUUU